AUGAAAGACAGAAGGUCCCAUGCUCAUCACUACAGUAAACCUAAAAUCACAGAACUAGAAGAAUGUUCGAUCGAAACCGAUAGAAUAAUUGAACGAAAUCGCAAUCCUACGCAGGGGAAGACAUAUGAGGAACUACAUGUGAACCUUAAUUUCGUAUAUGAUAUAGGGACAGUGUCGUCUUCGAUUGUUAGCUCAAUCACCAUCGACCUCCACUGCUGCUUUCACAACAUCAAUCCGGUGAUUAAACCAUAUUUUCUUGCGGCUAUUGCGAAGAAGCUUGCCAACGGCAGGAAGCACGAGUACGACCACUUUCUUAGCGAUGCGAUGAAGCUCCGCUCUGGCCUAGCGAUCUGCCAGGAACAUUGUUGA